CGCUGGGAAGUUAUUUUUUGAUUAAUAAAUUUUUGAGCAUCUUGUCGAUCGGGCGUAUUUUUAAUACAAAUAAAUGCUUUUUAAGACGUUAUAUACCAUUACGUUAUCUAAAUCAAGUCUGUAGCGUUUAAAGUUGUUCAGUCGUCAAACAAAAGUUCUGAAAUAAAUUCCAAUUUUUUAUUUAAUAUUUUCUGAACUAAUAUUUAUUUUUUUUUUACAGAAUUAAAAGCCAGUUGACGACUAUUUUUUUGAUAAAAAAUAAAAUUAAAGGUAGUUCUAUCGCCGAAACAAAAAUCCUAAACUUCCAAUUUUUGAUAUAACUAGUUUUCAUUUUUUUAAAUUAGAAAUAGCGCUUAUCGACAAUUUUUGGGAAAGAAAUUAAAUAUAAUUAAUAGGUUAUUAAACAUUGAUGCAUAUGAAACGCAAGUUCUCGCGAAUCUUUAGGUUCGUAUUCCUUAACUUAUGUACUUGAGAUUUUUCAUAAAGAAACUUUAAUAUAAUCUUUAAAAGAUUUAAAGAAAUAGAUAUUUAAAAAAUAAUAAAGAUGCCGAUUAUUUUGGUUCAAAAAAUUAAUCUAAAUUGUUAAAUCUAGAAAUUUUUACUUUUACAACACUAUAAUUCGACUGUUAUAAUAAUGCAAGAUAUGUUUACACCAAUCUUCCUGACAGUUCGUGUCAGACGAAGUUGCUACAUUUCUGGCAGGCUCAUAAAAAAAUAUACAUGUAAUUUAAAUGCCCCCCCCCCUCUCUUAGGCACCCGUAAAAUCCGGUCCUACGUAUAGAACUACCUUAAGUGAUAAAUUUCAAUUUGACUGUUGUAUGUAUAUAUCCCGGAAUAAAGUUUUAAAUAAUUUUUCUGAACCGGCUAAACGUACGUAUUGAAAACUAUAUCUUGGAGCUAGUUCUUUAUUGUGUAAUAAGCUUCAAUUGUCGCAUCGUCAUUGUCACGAAUCAACGUAAAGAUAUUGUCUCUGCAGUAUGAAUAUAUGUAUAAACUCACUGACAGUGAAACAAGAAAGAUUAAGAAAAAAAACUCGUCUGACUUUGUUUUUAGCCUAAGGAAUCUGCAAAGUGAUCUUUGCUUCCUGUUUCUUGUUUCUUUUUAUCUAUUGCUUUUUUGUCUCUUCGCACAAUAUUUUAUCGAAAUUAGUGAGAUAAAAAUUGACGAACUCCGACCGAGACAAGAAACAUAUAAUAAGAAACAUAAUUGUUGAUAAAAUGUAAUGCGCAGAAACAAAACGAUUAUAGGUAAAAAGCAAGAAAGCAUUUUGCAGAUUAGCUUUUAGUUUCAACCGCACUCGUUGCAUUUUAAUCCUUUCGAUUAGAUAUUUAAAUUACAAGAGCUCUCUUCAAAAAUCUAACACUGAUAAAUAAUUAUGCUAAAAAUAUAAUAAAAUAGUGCCUUCAAAUGCAUUAAAACACAAUGUAGAAAUUAAAAGAAGUAAGAUACUUAUAUAAAUAUUAUUCCUUACGUCAUAACGCCAAACCAAUAUUCAAAUAAAAUAGAACGCGUGAUUGAAUUUUGAAUUUGGAAAGAAGAAAGAAAAGAGAGAAAUGAUAUUUAAAACGAGGGAAAAUGAAUAAAAAAUGAACAAGAACAGGGCCCGAAAACUGAACGUGUGCCGCGUAGAAGAACGCAUACGAGAACGAGAGCGCGCCUCUGUAGGUUUUAACCCUGAGUUCACUCAUAUGAUUUAAUUUAACCGCGGCUCUCAAUCCAACCGCUCAAUCUAUCUCUGUCCACCGACGAGCGCGCGCGAGCCGUUGCAACAAUCGUCUCUUCCCCGUCACAGUAUCGUCUAUCUCCUUGGCCUUUUCCUUGAUUAUGGCAGCAGCAAAGAUGACGACAGCGUUGUCUCUACUUACGAUGUACUUCGCUGUUACGACAUUCGCUCUGAAUAACGAAGAGCUGGUGGAGCAAGAAUGUCCCGUGGAUUGCCAUUGUCACUACUUUCGCAUCAAUUGGGUGACGGACUGCUCGGACAGCAAUCUCACGAGCAUCCCAUACAAGGAGCUCAGUCAGAACGUCUACAUUUUAGACAUGAAUGAUAAUAGUAUCGCAGAGAUCAAUCCAUUUCCAAACGGAAUCAAAUUGAGGCGUCUUCAGAUGGCACACAACCUAUUAACCGAGUUGACAUACGAAUCAUUUGCCGGACUGACGUAUCUCUUGGAUGCAGACUUCUCAUAUAACGCCAUUACGCGGGUGGAUUCCGAAGCCUUUCGGGAUAGCCCGGGUCUAAUUACAUUAGAACUCCAACACAAUCCCUUGGACGAGAUUGAGGAACCCUUCCUGAAUUGCCGUACGCUGCUGUACCUUGAUCUGAAUUCAUGCGGUAUCCGCCACCUCAACACGCGCUUUUUCUACAACACAACGAAUUUGAAUAAGCUCGACCUGUCGCACAAUCCCCUGCAAAGGAUAGAGCCAGGUCCUUUCGAUCAUCUGACAAAUUUGGAAUAUCUCAAGCUGAACGGAUGCAAUUUAACUUAUGUAUCACCCGAGGCGUUUUCUCAUCUGGAAAAUUUGCGACAAUUAGAGAUAGCAGAUAAUGAAUUGAAAACGUUGGAUUGGAGGAGCAUUCUCACGCCGUUGGUGCGCUUGGAACAUCUAGAUAUCCGCAAGACUGGUAUCAUAAAUUUACCGGGUGAUGCCUUCGCCAAGAAUUUGUAUCUCCUACAGUUGGUCCUCGCGGACAAUGAAUUGGGGCAUCUGGACGUCGAAGAUACGCUUGGCCACAACUUGCAUAGUCUACAAUCUUUGGACUUGUCGAAUUGCAAUUUGCAGGAUCGCCUAUCCGAGGAAGCUUUCAGAAACGCAAGUAAGCUACGUGUACUCAAUUUGAGCGGUAAUCCAAUGUUCGCCAGCGAUUUAACUGCCGUUCUGCGUCACUUACCGAAGCUUCACAAGCUCUCUCUCAGUAACUGCAGUCUUCGAAGAUUGCCAGAUGCCUUCGAUAUAUUUGAACACCUUGAGGAACUUGACAUCUCCCAUAAUCCUCUAACCGAUGCAUUCGUCAGUCUUCUUAAUCCAUUAAGCGCUUUGGAAUAUUUAGAUAUGUCUUAUUGCGGUCUCGGUUACGUUGGAAAUAAUACUUUCGCACAAAUGACUUUCCUGAAGCAAUUGAUUCUUUCGGGAAAUGAACUUCACACUCUGGAGGAAGGAUUGUUUGCGAAUUUAACACGUUUGGAGAGCUUAGAGCUCAACAAUUGUGAUCUCAAAGUACCGCUUGAUCCAAAAGUCUUCGGUGAUCGCCAAUUGACUAACAUAGUAGAACUCAAACUCAGUGGCAAUCCGCUGAUUGUACCCGAUGAAGGUUCGCUACUCUCAACCCAGCUGUCCAAUUUGGAGAUUCUGGACCUCAGCAACUGUGGCAUCUCGCAUUUGAACGAAAACAUAUUUACCACAACGAAUAAUCUCACUCAGUUGAAUCUUUCGGGCAACACAAUAUCUGGUGUAGAAAAUCUGAGCUCUUUGAAACAAUUACGCGCGUUAGAACAUUUAGAUAUUAGUAAUAAUAAUCUCCGCACGAUAGAUCCGAAGAUUUUCAAAUCAAAUCCACGCUUACUGUCGGUCAAUCUUAUGGGAAAUCCGUUUAUCUGCAACUGCUCUAUCGCGGAGACCUGGGAUUGGGCUAUACAGGAAAAAGGUGAUCUUCACGUGCUCGUUGGCAGUCAACCAGCUAAUUUUCAAGCUGGCUCUGUAAAACGAAAAAAGACUCUCUCUUGUGUCUACGACGAAGAAACUUAUCGAAACAUGAUCGACGGCAAUCAGGCAACCACAAAUCGCAAACAUUACCCCAGUCAGUUUACGCCCUCUCGUACUUGGGCUAAAUACGUUCGCGAAUCAAAUUGUAAUCGGCGUUUAUGAUACGCGGCUGUCAACUAUCAACAUCCGAUAUUGAACGUCUACUAUCGUAAGGUACGUAGACAUAAACAGGAAUUGUAGACAUAAACGAGUUACUAUUACUAACUACCAUUACAAUAUCGUCAUAUCAUACAGCCAUGAAACAAUAACGUGAAAUUUAUAUUUCCGUGGCAUUAUUUUUGUAGUCAUAGAAUUAAGACAGAUCUGUAAUAAUUUACGUAUUAGAAAGUAUCGUAAAAUAUGUCCAUGCAUUGAACUGUUACUAAGUAAAAAAAAUACUCGGUUUUGUAUAUAUACUGUGCUUUUUGUACAUAGUAUUAAAAUAAUUCUUGUUUUCUCUCACUCUUUCUCUUUCUCUCGUCGAUCAGAUUAAGUCUUCGUGUAUCAAACUCGACAAAAUAAUAUGCUUACAAUUAGUCAAAUAUUAGAAUGGAUCAGCUGCCAAUGAUCGACGUUACAGAGAAAGUUAAAAGGAGAUUUAAAAAAACGUUGAGGACGAAAUAAUUAACUGCAAUUAAAAUUUUCUGUAUAUCUAUACAAAAGUUGUAAUCAUCUCUAAAACAGACUAUAUUCUCAAGUAUAAAAUUAAUGUUUCGUAUUUAACUGAGCAACUUGAGAACAUUUUACAUUUCUAAAUCAGUUAGCUAAACAGAAAGUCAAUUUUUUGUAAGAACCGAAAGUAAAUAUAUUUUUUAUGCAUUUAGUGACUGGUCAUAUUGUAAUAGUAAACCUAGAAACUGUUUGCGAGAUAAUAGGUGAUCGAUAGAAGAUAAAUAAUAAAGAGAUAUGUUUAGUUAAUUAUUGUAAAAAACAAGUAAAACUUACGAAACGUGCUUAUGCCGAUAGUCGCGCAAGUGUCUUGCAAUUGUGUGAUCUGUUUCUCUCAGAUACACAAUUAGAUUAUCUUACUUUAAUAUAAUUUUAUUCAAUAUUAAAUUUAAAUUGUAUGUAAACUUUUCGACAUAUAUUUUAAUCACAGAUAUAUUAUAUGAUAGAUGUCGGUAAAAAAUCUGGAUUUAAUCGACUUAAUUUGAAAAAAGAUUGUAGAAACAAAAAA